AGAGUAACAAAGAGUCCUUUGACAUAGUCGAGCACAACUAUAGCAACCGCCAUGAAGAUUUACCGGCGUGAAGCAGAGCAGAUGGACCACGAGCUACUGAUCUUUGAACGUCUCCUGAUAUUGGCAUCUCCGGAGGUGUAAAACUCUUUUAUUGUCGCUCAUUUGGAGCUCAGGAGGAGGGCUCAGACUUUGUUCUGACUACCUCAGAGAUAAAAGCAGAGACAGUGAGAGGUGCUUGAGUUCCUGGACUGAUACCAAACUGCCAGGCUUGGGAGGUCAUUUAAACGGGUAACUAGAGGAUUCAUGUUUGUUUUGAACUUGCUUCAAGCUGAGGAGUCGCCUCAGCUAGUUUUACUGCGCGCGCCUUCUGAAAAAAAAACAAAAGCAAAAACAAAAAAACACCGAACAAACGGAUAUAAAAUAAAUCAGAAAUAUGGGGGAACGUUUUCUUGGGGACCUUUUGAGCUUCUACGGGGAUAACAAUUCACUCUCGACGACAAACUUGGAGAACUUUUUAUACCUCAUCACCUCCCGCCGAGCUCCAGCAUCAGUAGACAGCGAGGCGAAUCCGCUAAGGAAUGCUGAGUGUUUGUCUGCUUCAGAUCUCCUGGAUGCCUUUGGGCUCUCUAAUGCAUCUGAACUGACUGUAGAUCAGCUAGAGCUCAUAUGCCCAGCUGUUCUUACCCAGGUUCUUCUCCCUUCCUGCCCUUACAUGACCCCCUCGACCAUAACCAUUGAGCCUCAAGUUUGGGGUUAUAGUUUCUUGGCUGUGACAAUAAUUAACUUGGCUUCUCUACUGGGGUUACUCUUGGUUCCCUUCACUAAGAAAUCUUACUUCCCAAAAGUGUUGACCUACUUCAUUGGGGUGGCCAUAGGAACAUUAUUCUCCAAUGCUGUAAUGCAACUUAUCCCAGAGGCUCUUGGAUUUGACCCAAAAGUUGAUAACUAUGUGUCAAAUGCGAUUGGGAUUUUUGGAGGGUUCUACCUCCUGUACUUUACGGAAAGAGUCUUAAAAAUAGCACUGAAAGCAGAUCCAGAGCAUUGCCACAGCCACUUCCCUUCACUACAGACUAAUGAUGUAACCAUCACCAGCUUCAGCAAUGACAUUAUCAUAAACAGCAUGACAAGUGACGUCAUCACAAAUAACGCCAACCAUGAGGUCCUACCAAACAGCCCCAGUGAGAAACCAAGCCAGCCAACCAUGAACCCAGCCAGUGAACAGGAGACAUGCAUGCUAGUGGGAUGUCGCUGGCUGCGAGGGGAAAAAGUGUCAAACAUAAAAACGGUGGCUUGGAUGAUCACUCUGAGUGAUGGAUUGCAUAAUUUUAUAGAUGGACUGGCCAUUGGAGCCUCCUUCACCGUUUCUCUUCUCACCGGCUUCAGUACCUCUAUAGCCAUUGUCUGUGAGGAGUUUCCUCAUGAGCUAGGUGACUUUGUGAUUCUCUUGAGCUCUGGUAUGAGUGUCCCUCAGGCAGUGUUUUUUAACCUGCUCUCUGCUGUGUGCUGUUAUCUCGGCUUGGUGCUGGGUAUCUUGCUGGGCAGCAGCUUCGCUCCAAAUGCCAUCUUUGCCAUUGCUGGUGGAAUGUUUCUUUACAUCUCUCUGGCAGACAUGUUUCCAGAGAUGAAUGAAAUAAUGAACGCACAUGCCAGAGGCCGCAGAGGGAAGAUCUUAUUCUUUCUGUUCCAAAAUGGUGGCCUGCUAACCGGCUUUUCCAUUAUCCUCCUCAUCACCAUGUUUGCUGGAGACAUCAAUCUGGGAUAAAGGGAACAAUGAAUAUGAGAUUAGUCCACACAACCAGAGACCAAAUGGUCGAUACCACAAGCGAAAAUGAGACAAUGUAAAGAUCUAUCAUUUUAAAACUCUUGACUUGGACUCUAUUCCUACUGUUUAACACAAUAAUGUAUAUCAUGUAACAUUGUAGUAAUAGAAAAAAAGGAAUUAUAAAUUAUUUUUUGUAAUUAAUCUGUGUAUAGGGGCAUUGGACACAAAGACGCUCCAAUUUACUGUUUGUCUCCAAGCCUCUAGAAGGUUUCCUUCGCUAGGUUUUCAGACUUGACUUGUGGGCACAUAAACAAUAUAAACUACUUUGGCAACUCUCUCAGGCAGUUAUUUCCAGUGAUACAAGAGAGUAGGCCAGAGAGUACAGACAGGACACUGCUUUUAAAUGAAUGGGGCAGUAUAUACAUUUCAACAUGGCAACUGUAUUCAGUCCUUAUUGGUUUGGUAAAGAUGUUAGCAAAAAAUCAUAUUCUUACUCUGAUACAUGUCCAGUUAUACAGUGCUGUGAAAAAAGUAUUUGCCCCCCGAUUUCCUCUAUUCCUCUAUUUUAUUUGCUUUUUUUCCCUACACUAAAAGGUUUUAGAUCCUCAUACAAAAUAAGGAAACACAAAACAUAAUUUUUAAUUGAUCAUUUUAUUUACUGGAGGAAAAAGGUUAUGGAAGACCUAUAUCACCCAUGUGAAACAAAUUGUCCCCCUGAACUUAAUAACUGGUUGUGUCACCUUUGACAGCAACAUCUCUAACCAUAUGCUUCUGAUAAUUGGAGAUCAGUCUCUGACAUCGCUGUGGAGGAAUUUUGGCCCACUCUUCUUUGCAGAAUUGCUUUAAUUCAGUCCUGUUGUUGGGCUUUCUAGCAUUAACUGCCUGUUUAAGGUCCUGCUACAGCAUUUCAAUGGGGUUGAAGUCAGUACUUUGACUAGGUCACUCCAAAAUCUUGUUUCUUUUGGACCAUUCAGGGUUGGACUUGUGCUUUGGACUGUUGUCUUGCUGCAUAAUGCAAUUGUGCUUAAGCUUCAGGACUGAUGAUGAACGGACAUUGUCCUUAAAGAUUUUCUUCCCGCCACUUUUGGGAAGAUUAACCACUGUUCAGAUUUUCUCCUUUUGGAGAUAAUGGCACUCACUGUGGUUUACUGGAGUCCCAGAGCCUUAGAAAUGUCUUUUUGUAACUCUUUCCAGACUGAUAUAUUUCAAUAUAUUUCUUUCUCAGCUCUUCUAGAAUUUCUUUUGAUUGCAACAUAGUGGGCUGCUUGUUGAGAGCUUGUAGUCUGCUUCACAUUGCUGGGAAGGUUCUGUUUAAGGGAUGCUUAGACUCAACAGGGCUGGCAGUAAUCUAGCUUGAGUGAGUCUAAUCUAAUUCAACCCAAUUAUCAAUCAAAUAUUGUUAAUCGUUUGAUUGAGUAACUAACGGGGCAAUUACAUUUUCACACAAGGCCAUUUGGUGUUGGGUAACUGUAUUUUUCCUUCAAUAAAUGAUCAUUUAAAGACUG